AUGGCCAUCAUCCAUCUCGUUCUAUUGGCCUUCAAGGAGGACGCCACUCCCGAAGCCAUUGCCGAGGCACGCCUUCUCGCCCUCAAGGAUAACUGCCUGCACGCAACCACAAAGGCCCCCUACAUCAAGUCCGUCACCGGCGGAAUUAACAAUUCUCCCGAAGGCCGCAACAAUGGCCUGACUCAUGGCUUCAGCUUCGAGUUCAACUCUCUCGAGGACAGGGCAUACUAUCUCAAGGAGGAUCCUGCUCACCUUGGUUUGGUAGGCAAGGCUGUUCCCCUCGUCGAGAAGCUUACCGUGUUUGACUAUGAGACCGGUGUGUUCUAG